UUUUAUAAAAAUUGUUUAGAUUGUAGACCAAUCAAAAUACGGCCCGCCAACGGCGACUAGCGUCUUCCAUUGUGUACGUAGAAGGGAUUACGAAGUUAAGGUCCGUCAAGAAGACCAGCAAUGGCGUCGAAGACCAACAAAAGAAGAAGCAGGAGCAGAAGUACCCGCAGUCGCAGUAGAAGUAGAUCCAGAGGAAGGAGCCCAGGACGCAGGGCAAAGACCCCCACAAAGAUGCCAACCGGAAGCAGAAGCCCAGGACGUCCCCCAAAGCAGCCCACUACACCAAACCGCAGUUCGCGGCCAGUAAAGAGGGAAGGUUCAGCAACACCCACCAGAAUGUCAGCCAGACUUGCUGCACAGAUAAAGGAUGAGAAAGACUCAGUCACAGUUUCUCAUCAAGAGAGGAGUGAGAAGAGUGUUCAGGAUAUUGAGCCCAAAUCAAAGAAACAGAAACAUAACAGCAGUCCUUCUGAGUUUGGGGGUGCCUUUGGUACUUUCUGUAUGAUGUUUUUCCUACCAACUACUGUUUUCUACAUCAACAUGGCUUGCUCCAAGGAUGAAUGUACCAUAAUGAAGAUGCCACCAUGCACUGCCAAGUGGUCAGCCUUCUUUGACCUGGAGGCCACUCUGAUAUUCCUGGGUUGGUUUGCAUUCCAAGCCCUGCUGUACAUUCUGCCUACUGGGAGAGUGGUUCAGGGACCAAGGAUCAUUAUAGGGAAUCACAAGAGCUUGUCAUACAGGGUCAAUGGUUUCUUUGCCUAUGUUGUGAGCCUUGCUGGACUUGCUGUGGCCGUGUACAUGAAGGUCCCAGUGACCAUCGUGUAUGACAAGUUCCUGCAACUGGCCACCACUGCUGCUGUGUUCGCGUUUGCUCUAGCUGUGUUUGUGUACAUCAAGGCUCGACUUGGACCUUCAAGCAAUUUGUCUCCUGCGGGGAAUACUGGCAGUAUUGUCUACGAUUUCUUCAUGGGUCACGAGUUGAAUCCACGCAUUGGUUCGUUCGACAUAAAGUUCUUCUGUGAGAUGCGCCCUGGUCUAAUUGGAUGGACGAUGCUCAACAUCAUCUUUGUUCUCAAGGAUUAUGAGGUCCAUGGCGUUGUCAACCCUUCACUGGCAUUUGUCGUGUUCUUUCAGGCCCUCUACGUAGCUGAUGCAUUGUGGUUUGAGGAGGCCAUUCUGACGACGAUGGACAUCAUCUAUGAGGGUUUUGGCUUCAUGCUGAGCUUUGGUGACCUGGCCUGGGUUCCUUUCCUGUACACACUGCAGGCCCGCUACCUCCUAGAACACCCGCUUUAUCUGCCCUGGUACUGCCUGGUACCCAUAGUCAUUCUCAAUGCUGUCGGGUAUUUCAUCUUCCGAGGAAGCAACUCCCAGAAGAAUGAUUUCAGAACGAACCCCAACAACCCAGCCCUGGCUCAUCUGGAGACUAUACCGACCUCAGUUGGCAAGCGGCUGCUGGUAUCAGGCUGGUGGGGACUGUGUCGUAAACCAAACUACCUUGGAGACAUUCUCAUGGCCAUCGCCUGGUCACUGCCUUGUGGUUUCCACAGCAUUCUGCCUUACUUCUAUCCCAUCUACUUCUUCAUCCUGCUGGCCCACCGUGAGAGACGAGAUGGCCACAUGUGCAAGGCCAAGUAUGGAGCAGCCUGGGACAAGUAUUGUGAAAGGGUGCGAUACAGGAUCAUACCUGGCAUCUACUAAGUGCCACAACUACUCUCCAUUCCAGAGAUUAUGUAUUUGAGCUGCACUUUGAGAAAAAUGGGGCUUAAUGCAUGUGUAAAGUGAUGUUUCAUGUAAGUUUGUGCAGUCUGCACAGGCUAAUCAGGGACAACAUAAUUUGGCCCAGACUGCUUUUUCGUUUAGAAGAGCUUUCCUUUAAACGAAACCAUCCAUAAAAGCGGAAAAGUUAUCUCUGAUAAAUCUGGAACAACACUUCAUGCAUAUGCAUUAAGCCCCGUUUUCCCAGAGCAUGGCAUGGUUGAAGGGUGUUUGAUAAUGAUUUGAUUCUUAUGUGAACGUUUCUUUUACUUAGUUUGCAAUGAAUUGUUAUGGUCUAACUAUUCUAUAAUACCAUAGAUAAGCAUUACAUUGGAAAUACCUUAUAAAAAACAAAACAAAAAAUCUAUCUCUCAAUGUUCCUUUUUUGUUAGUAAAAAAACGCAGUUCACCUUCGUUUAACUUACCUCAGUAAUGAAAAGCAUAAUUACUAGUGUAUGAAUGAGACAUUUUUGGUUUGCAUAGUGACAGUGUUUAUGAACAUUUGAAAUUCUUAAGGUUUGGAAAAAUCAAGUUCAUUACCUACUACAGGUAUCUUUUGAUCUCAUUGUUUGAACACUGCAGUAUUUUUAUUGUGUCAAAAUUUUAUUCUUUAGGAAAUGUUGCUUUUAGCUAAGGUACUGUAGUAGACAUGCAUUGAAUGUUUUUAAUCAGUUUUACCCAUUGUAUUUGCAUAGCUUGUUUUACAAAUCAUGUAUUUGCUUUUACCAACAUCAUCUUUAUAACAGACAUUUUGUCUUCAAUACAAUUAGUUGUGUACAUUUGCGGUUCAGCUUAUCACUAAAGUAAUAUGCUAGGAGAAAACUGUACAGAUUGUUUCUGUAAAUUACCAGUUUUAUUUAUUGUAGAUGUAUUAUUUCAAAAUUGGAGUGCUGUAGUUUUUCAGUGAAUAAAAUAAGUAAUAAUGAUACAAACUUACCACAAAUGCCAAGUUUUACAGUUUGUAAAUGCAUACAAAUUGGAUUGAGUUUGCUUUUUACUUUGAAGCACUUCUGUGUUAAUGAUUUUAUAUGUCUUAUUCUAAUGAAUUUUUAGUUAAAUUGAUUUAAUGGAGUCUUUAUUGCAUAUAUUGAUAAACCCACAAACUCAUUUAUGUUUUUAUCAAUGCAUUCUUUCUGUAAUAUGUAUUUCUGUUAAAUCAAAAUGGUUAUAAUUUGGUUCAAAAAAAAAUCAUGUUCAUUUAAACAUUUGUGCCUUUCCCUUUUUGACAGUUUAUGUAUGUUUUGUUGAAAGUGUUUUAUCAAUAUGUAAAUAUCAUAGAUGUACUUACAGAAUUAUGGUACUUAUAUUUCAAAAACAUCAUAAUGUGCCAUUUUCAUUAUGAAGAUGAUCUCCAUAAUUUUUUUAAAUUGCAUUUAAAUGAAAUUCAUAAAUAUUGAAGUAAUUUUAUUUAAUUGCAUUUAAAUGAAAUUCAUAUAUAAGGUUGUUGUAUCAACAAGUCUUGUCUUAUUUGUGUAUCAGUAAAACUCUCAAUAGUAUAACAUUGCAAAGUCUUUGGAUUACUGUGGAGUGUUUCACCUUUGAUGUAAGAUAUAAUGGAUGAUUAUAAAUGCCAUUUUCAUUAUAACUAUUUGUGUUAAAAGUUUCAUUUAAAUGUAAUGCAUAAAUUAUUUUUGAUCAUUAAGUCUUGAAUCAUAACGUGUGUCAGAUUGAAAAUCUCAAUAGUUUAGCCUUGCCUAGACAUUUGCUAACUGCUGAGUGUUUCAUCUUUGAUUCAAGAUAAAAAUGAAAGAUUGAUUUAUGACAUGUAAAUAAAUCUUCUUUGUACUAUG